GGCGCGGGCCGCCUGCGGUUGAUCUUGGAUACGCGUUUGAUUUAUCAGGAAUUCACUGGGUCUGACACCGUCAACCUCCCGAGUGCAGGGUGCUGGCGGGGUCUUCGCAUUCAGCCCGCGGACCAGCUGCGCCUCGCGCAGAUGGACGUCGAGGCCGCCUUCUAUCGCAUCCAGUGCCCGCCGGGGCUGGAGGAGAUGAUGAUCUUGCCCCGCAUCCGCCGCCAGGACCUGCUCGCCGCGAGGCCCGACAUCGACCUCGACGGCGUGGGGGGCAAGGUCCUGGCACCCCGACUGUUGGUAGCCCCGAUGGGCUGGAGCUGGAGCCUGUGCUUCUGCGAGUCGCUCGUGGAGGCCCAUGUGGCUCAGGCAGGCUUCGGCACGGACAGGCAGAUCGCCGACGGCAAGGUGAUCCCCGACCUGUCCUCCGACGCGGCCGCCGCCUCCCACGUGGACGGGGUCGCCGCGGUGGGGAGCUGCCGCUCGCAGAAUGUAGAGAAACAGCUCAUGGAUGAUCACUUGGUCUGCAAAGGGAUCGAGUCCCCAAAGGCCUCCCAUAAGUUCACGGGGCUCACCUUCGAUCAGGAGGCGGCCGCCGUCAGCCUCAGCCCCUCGCGUCUGUGGAGAUUGCGGCUAGGCCUGCGCGAGCUGGCCGACCGCGGGUUCUGCAGCGGGGAUGAGAUGUUGCAAGUGUUGGGCCAUUGCACGUGGACAGCCCUUUUGAGAAGAGGGUUGCUGUCAAUUUUCUCCAUGAGCUAUAAGUUCGCCGAUUGGGCAGGCCCUCGCCGUCGACGCCUAUGGAAGGGCGUAGCCGCAGAGCUAUGGGCGGCUUCAGCGCUCAUCGCGUUCGCCUUCUGCGAUGCGAAGCGGGUCGUCGACCCCGGAGUGCUGGUCUCGGACGCAUCCACUGGUGAAGGUGCGGGGCGCGCCCCUGGCUUCGGCGGCUACGGUGUCGCGGAGAAGCGCUGGGGCGUGGAGAAUGUCUGGGCCACCGUGGCCCGCUGUGAGCGCUGGAGGUGCGCCGCCGAGGGCGCUGUCCAGGCACGCGGCCUCGCGCUGGGCCUGGGGGCCGAGGCUUGCAAGGCACGGCGGCGCCGCCGAGGGCCCCGCGCUGCGGGCUCGUCGGGGGGCGCCGACUUCCUGCAGCGCGCCGCCUGUGGCUCUCGAUUCUUGAUCUUGUGCGACAACGUGAGCGUAACCUCGGGAGUUGAGAAGGGUCGAUCAUCGUCUAACCUCAUUACUCAGACCGUCCGUGAGAUCACCGCUCGCUCCAUCUUUUUCAACGUGGCCAUCUCGGUUCGGUGGAUAGCCUCAGAGCACGACGCUGCGGACAAGGUCUCUCGUACCAUCGGGCGUGCCCCUCGGGGCCCGCGGUCAGACCCCCGCCAUGCUCAUGCGGGCGAUGGCGGCGAGCAGCAGCGGAUCGUCGAGCGCGCCUGGGAGCGAGAGCUCGAAGAGGCCGCCCUUGCGCGCGCCGCUGGCCUCGGCGGCGUCGGCCUUGGCCCGGAGCUCGGCGAGGCCGACCAGGUGCCAGAGGGCGGCGGGGCCACUGCCCAUGCCGAGCCGCGUCGCGGCUCCCUGUCAGCGGGCGCCUUGAAUAGGCCCACCCUCUUGCAGAGGUGCAAGGUGCAGGAGCACGCCCAGCAGGUGUUCGACCGCGAGUUCGACGCGCUCGCGCAGUGGAGCGGGCGGAACGACCUCCCCAGCUUGGGCGCGCUCGAGCUGGACAUGCUGGUGGCGCGGUGCCUGGAUCAUCUGUACUGGAGCGGGUUCACCAGCGCCAAGGGCAGCCGCGUGCCGGCAGCCCUCCACCACCGACGCCCCGGCCUGGGGGAGGCCUCUUCGGGGGGCCUCCCAGGCUCGAGGGCUGCGCUGGCGGGCUUCCGCCGCCGCAGUCACGCGGCCUCGCGGCUGCCCCUGGCGAAGCCGUGGAUGCUCGGGAUCCCCGGCGUCAGCUUGACAGAGGGCGACACCGAGUUCGCGGUCGCCCUAUUUCUGGCGUGGGGCGGGCUCCUCAGGCUGCCGGGGGACCUGACCUCCACGGCCGCGGAGGACUGGGUUGCGGGGCCCGGGUGCCAGAGCGCCAUCGACCACAUGCCGCAGUCGGUGCUCCAGGAGCGGAUGCGGCACGGCUCCGCCCCGAGCACCUUGGGGCGCAGGAAGCGCGUGCGUUACUUCAGAGAACUCGAGAAGGCCCCCAGCGCCAUCCAGCAGUGGACCAACCGCAUCGAGGGCCGCCCCGGCCCCCUGCUGCUGGGAAAGGG